AUGGGAUCCGCCGCCUCGUCGCCAGAAACCCUCGCCCACCUCCAAGAGCACGGCUGGGCGCGCAUCCCCUCGGUCCUCAGCAAAGAAGAAGCCGCAUCCACACUCAGCAAGCUCUGGGCCGCGCGCGACAAAGCGGCCGCCUCCGGCGAGCCCUCGCACUACACGUGGCUGGACCCGAACGCCAACAACGUCCGGGUGUUCAACCUGCUCCAACUCGACCCCAUCUUCCGCACGCUGAUCGGGCACCCCACCGCCGUGGGCGCCGUACAAGCCGUCCUAGGAAAAGACUUCAGCAUCUCGAACUUCACGGCCAACAUCGCGCGCCCGGGCUCGGGGUCCAUGUGCUUCCACUCGGACCAGAGCGUCGUCUUCCCCGAGCCGUGGGACCGCGUCUGGGCCCUCAACAUCAUCUGGUGCUUGACGGACGUGUAUGCCGACAACGGCGCUACCCGCUUCGUACCCGGCUCAAAUCGGUGGACGCGCCGCGAGCACAUCCCUGGCAAUGCGCCGGAGCUGUUGCUCCCGUUCGAGGCGAGCGCGGGCGAUGUCCUUGUUAUGGAUGGCACGGUUUGGCAUACUAGUGGCAGGAAUGUCACUAAGGACCAGGAUCGCGCCCUGCUGUUUGGCUACUAUACGAAGUCGUUUAUUAGGCAGCAAAUUAACUGGACGGCGACGCUGUCGAAGGACGUUCAGGACGAGGUGAGCCCGGAGAUGAGGGAGUGGCUGGGCUUGAAUCCGGUCUCGAAUAUUGGUGCGGUGGGCGAUCUGAGGUUCAUGUCUGAGCAGUUCCCUGAAUAUGCGGAGAAAGACGCGGCUGGGUCAUAA